UUAUUACUAUUAUUAUUAUUGGUAAAAGUUAGUCAGCAAGGCAAGUCAGACGGUAGAUAGGAACACGGAUCGCAAGAUUGCGCAGCCACGUGGCGUCGUGGGGGGGUGACGUAGCCAUAGUGGGAGGCACGCCCCCUCUCUCUCCUCUACGUGAACGUGAGAGACAGACAGACAGACAGACAGACAGGCAGAGGUGCAAUGUUAAUCAGUUAAUGUUAAUGUAGACUCCAAAGUAUGUCAGCCAGUGAGUCAGUCGGUCGGUCAGGCAGCCCUCCAACGAUCCAACCAUCCAUCUCUCUCUCUCUCUCUCAAUCAAUCAAUGAAACUGCUGCCACUACAAACAAGCUGGCUUCUAUCAGUCAGUUGGUUCCAUGCCACCAUCUAUCUAUCUAUCUAUCUAUCUAUCAAUCUAUCUAUCAUCCAUGAAUAUGAAUAUGAUCGAUCUAUUCCCAUCUCUUCGCUUCUCUUGUAUUGUACGCAUCUUGACUUCCCAGUCCCUCCCACAACCACCACCCGAGAGAGAGAGAGAGAGAGAGAGAGAGAACGAAAGAACAGAGAGAGACAGAGAGCAUGCAUGCAUUGUGUUUGGGAUGGAUGGCAGCUGAUACAAUAUGUGAAUACAAUCAAAUUACUAUUACUAUUACAUCAUCAGCUGUUGCUCGCUCGCUUUCUUUUUAGCUUUCUUUCCUUUAUCACCAUUUUCAUUCAUUCAAUGUGAAUGAGAGGAGGAGUAGGAACAAGGGAGGAGGGAGGAGGGCAGGGCAACAUACAUAAUUACUACGUACAUAUACAUACAUAUAUAUAUUAUUAUAUAUUUUUACAGAAAUUAAUAGUAUCAUAUAAUAUAUACAUCUACUUGGUUAAUUUGUAAUUCCCAACAGCCCAGAAUUUCAAGACAGGAGAAUAAGAAGAGGCAUAAUUCGAUUCUGGAACCCACCCAAAAUCUCCCUCCCUCCCUCCCGUUAGGCAUUAGGCAGGCAGGCUCUGCAGCCCCCCACCCUCACCUUGGACCAGAAACCCUCUGCAUAAUCAUAAUAUCAUAUCACUUCAUACUAUUAUUCAUCUGCAUUCUUCCGAUCCUCACAAUGAGGAUAAUAAUAAUAAUAAUGACGCAUAUACGUCGUCUUUUUCUACGCCUCCCCUGAUUCAUCAUCAUCAUUCGUACAUGAGCACUGCUACAUUCUGGUCUGGGUUUUUCACACUCGUCUCCUUUUCUUCCCCAUCAAUCAAUUUCGUGUGUGUGCGUGUUUAAGCUUGUUUCAAUUGAAUCUCUAUCUAUAUUACCGGAUCAUUGAUCUUCUUUCUUCCCUGUAUCUUAACAUUAUAUACUAGAUGCUGCUUUGAUCGUUUGCUCAGUAUCAUUCAUGCCUUUGGUUUGGGGAUUCGGAGAGCCAUUGGAUUCAAUUCCCGUUGAUCCCUCCCUGUGCCUUUGAAUUCAAGAUUUUCCAAUAACCAUCCUUCAAGGGGCAAUUCUUUAUUUAUUUUUUUGUUUUUUAAUUUUUUUUUGGUGGGGAGGGGGAGAGGAACCACUCGCAUGAGAAUAGGAUUCUUUCCUUUUGGUCUGAUUCGGGCCAGCCAUGAAAUGUCGUAAAGCUUCAUACCAGAAGGGCUGAUUGUGCACGUUGGUGGGGGAGAAUAUAUACAUACAUAUAUAUAUAUAUAUAUGAAAGGAUGGGCAGCCUCUGUUCAAGAGAAUCAAAUGGAAAUGAUUAUGAUGGCCAAAGUUGCAACAAGGGAAAGGAGGAUCAUGGAACAAAAUAUUCAGUGCAGAUGAUGUUUAUGGUUGCUCCCUCCAAAGAAGACGUCAAAGGCCAGCAGGAUGAUUCAAAGAAUGAAGCCUCUUCUCGUCAACACCACAAGAAUGCACCAAUUCCAAAUGCCGGUGACAACAUCAAUGCCAGCACCAAAAUCGUGGAAAGGCGCGGUUGUUCCAUGGAAUUAAGCAGAGCUCAUCAAGGAACGCAGAGGAUGGCCAGCAUGCCGCAUGGAGCGAAAGCUGAACAGGUUGCUGCCGGGUGGCCGCCAUGGCUAACCUCAGUGGCUGGGGAGGCUGUUAAAGGUUGGACUCCUCGGAGGACAGACUCGUAUGAGAAACUGAGCAAAAUUGGGCAGGGAACGUAUAGCAGUGUUUACAUGGCCCGUGAUCUAACCAACAACAAAACUGUGGCGAUGAAAAAGGUAAGAUUUGUUAAUAUGGACCCAGAGAGCGUCCGCUUCAUGGCAAGAGAGGUUUGUAUCCUACGCAGAUUAGACCACCACCCCAAUGUCAUGAAGCUUGAUGCCCUGGUCCUAUCAAGGGUAUCGGGAAGCUUCUAUCUCGUUUUCGAUUACAUGGAACACGAUCUUGCUGGACUUUUAGCAUCGCCGGAUGUGCCCAAAUUUACUGAACCACAGAUCAAAUGUUUCAUGAAGCAAAUUUUAUGUGGGUUAGAACACUGCCAUAGCUGCGGCAUCCUUCAUCGAGACAUCAAAGGUGCAAAUCUGCUAGUUGACAGUAAGGGAAAUCUGAAGAUUGGAGACUUCGGGUUGGCCAACUUCCAGAAGCAACCAUUGACAAGCCGCGUGGUUACUUUGUGGUAUAGAGCACCUGAGCUGUUGCUAGGAGCGAAAGAGUACGGACCGGCGAUUGAUUUAUGGAGCGUUGGCUGUAUUCUGGCUGAAUUGUUUAUUGGGAAGCCUAUCAUGCCCGGGAGAACAGAGGUGGAGCAAAUGCACAAGAUCUUCAAGCUAUGUGGUUCUCCUACAGAGGAGUAUUGGACCAAAGCAAAAUUCCCUCAUGCUAGUAGUUUUAAAUCACAGCGCGCUUACAAGCGACGCCUGUCUGAUGUAUUCAGAGAAUUCCCUCCGUCGGCCUUGGCUCUGCUGGAAGUACUCUUGUCCAUAGAUCCCGAGGGAAGGGGGACUGCUGCUUCUGCACUCAAAAGCCAGUUCUUCGUGACAAACCCUCUCCCCUGCGAUCCAUCCAGCCUACCUAAAUAUCCUCCCAGCAAAGAAUUUGAUGCCAGGCUCAGAGAAGAAGCAAGAAGGAAAAGGCAGAGGGAAAUGGAAAUGGGAAUGGGAAUGGAUGAGAGUGCAAAAGGCUGUGAAGCUGAAUAUGCCAAGAACAACUCCACAGUGCAGAAGCCCCUUCCACAAGAGCAACUAAACAGGGGAUCCACUUACGUGUUCAAUCAACAGGAGGAGGAAAGGCAAAGGCGCCCAAUUGGAGAUCUGAAAGCCGGCCUUAAUCACUCAAGCUCAAUGAUCCACCCUACUAUUGUGGGAGGAUAUUCUUGGGGUGGUAACAAGAUCAAUGGUGAUCCGGGUUUAGUCUCAGCGCGUACCUUGAGUUCUUCCCAACAUGGAAAUGGCUUUCAAGUGCUUCCAUCACUACAAGACCCAUCAGAUUAUCACUCCAAGGACACCUCUGCCUUGUCUUCGUCCAAUAACUUGAUGGGGGGGUAUGCACCAAAGAGAAGCAGGAUACACUUCUCCGGGCCACUGAUGCCACCGGGGGGCAACAUGGAAGACAUGCUGAAAGAGCAUGAGAGACAGAUCCAAGAGGCAGUGCGCAAGACACGGAUGGGUAAACCAAGGCCAGAAUAGAAGAUCCUGUUAGGAUUGCUUCAUUCUUUCAUUUCAAACAUUAUCUGUCUAUCUCACCAGGAUGCAGCAGCAAAACCUUAAAACACAAACACCACAGCAACAACAAGAUGGAUAGAGAAGGAAAGUGCCAAGGCUGCUACUGAUUAUAUCAUAUCAUAUCAAUCAUGUUGUGCUGUUUGUGUGAGAAGGGAAGGGAAGCAUAUGUAAGUUGUAAAUUUGCUUGGCAAGUAAUGGACAGGAACACUUUCGGGGGGAGGGGGUAUUAUUGAAAUUGAUUUGUGUACACACUGUUCCCAAAUUUAGAAACUAUCCUAUCA